AUGGGUAACUCCUGCUAUAUGAACAGUGCUCUCCAAUGCCUAAGUAAUAUUCCUCAAUUAACAUCUUAUUUUCUUCUUCAAAACAGUAAUAGUACAUUAAGCACAAAUACAAAUAGUCAAGUUGUAUCAGCUUAUGUAUCGUUAAUGUCUAAAAUAUGGUCCAGAGAUCACCAACCAUUCGAACCUACUGAGCUGAAGCAAAUCAUUAUCAACUUAGCACCUCAAUUUUUUGGUCCAACUCAACAAGAUACCCACGAAUUCAUGAUCUACCUUUUACAUGCAUUGCAUGAUGAUUUAAAAACCAAAACUUUGAAUGGCACCGAUAUUUCCUUCAUCUCUGAUUUAUUUCAGGGAAAAAUUGAAACAACUGUUCAAUGUUUAACCUGUGAAAACUGCAAUUCGACGAUCACAGAAUUCCUCUUUAUAACUCUACCUUUAGAACAGCAAGAACGAUAUUUUGUUAUCGAAUAUAUCUCAGCAGAGGAAGAAAACAAAACAUUAUGUAUCUCAACUCAAGCUAGUGGAUUAAUUAGUGAUCUCAUUAAUGAAUUUAUUAAAACUUACAAUAAUAUUUUCAGUCCUAAAAUUUCAGAGGCUAAUAUACAGCCUCAAGAUCUUCACAAUAAAACAUAUGAGACGAAGUCACAAUUAAGCGACAUCCAGGGACACAAAAUCCGUUUGAAGAAAGUACCUCGUUCCCCACAGAUUUAUGAUGCCGAAGGGCCUGUCUUGACUCGUCGUAUUGGGCCAUUGACAUUAAAAGACUGUAUCAAAGAAUAUCUUACCUUAGAAACGUUAGAUGAGCACGGGCAGAAUUACCACUGUCAGGCUUGUGCUAUGAUAACCAAUUCAACGAUGAAAAUUAAUCUAAACACGUUACCGGAUAUACUUAUACUACAACUAAAACGUUUCUAUUUCGAUUCUAAUUUACAGCAGAAAAAAAACGAUACAUUCGUAGAUUGUCCUAUUUCCAGUCUUGAUUUAAGGAAUUAUGUUGCCACUGAUGUAGAGCAAAAAUAUAAUUUAAUAGCAGUAUCAAAUCAUACAGGAACAAUACAAUCGGGCCAUUAUACAACAAAUGCAUUGAAUUCGAUAGAUAAAUGUUGGUAUCAAUUUGAUGAUGAAUCGGUUACAAAAAUUGAUGAAAAAAGUGUUAUUACUAAAGAGGCAUACUUACUAAUUUACGCCCGGCAAAACGGUACCCUCGUUUAA